UCUGUGCGUCUGAUGAAGAAUGACACCAUGAACUUCCAGAAAUUCCCCUAUACCAAUGAAGAUGAAGCCUGGAAAACCUACCUAGAGAACCCCUUGACUGCAGCCACCAAAGCUAUGAUGAGGGUGAACGGAGAUGAUGACAGCGUGGCUGCCCUGAGCCUCCUCUAUGACUACUACAUGGUCCCAAAGGAGAAGAGGAUUCUUCCAUCUGGUAUGAUGGGACGCAAUGAACUAGGAAAGAGGCACUGCCACGGAAUGGAGUACGACCCAGAGAUUGCAUCCUUUGAUGGCUCAGCCCAUCUCAUGAAGCUCUUGUCUGAAAAUGUUUCCAUGACCCAAGAAUAUUGUGAGCCACAGAAGAAGAACGGCUUAAGUCUUGAAGGCGUCCCUACUCCUCACAAGCCAGCCAUGCUUCCACCAGGCACUAGCAAGCUGGAUGCCACCCCAGACAACUACAUGGUCCCUCCAGGGGAUGUAUACGACAACAGCUCAUUGAACUCCCUCUUCGAGACCAUCCCCGUAGCCCCACCACAGCAGAGGUGGCAGCCAGACAGCACUUUCAAAGAGGAUCCCCAGGAGUCGCUACUCUUCAGUGAUAUCCUCAAACCCCAGCCAGAGCCACCUUGCCCUGAGAGUUAUGCUACGGACGGUGUUAAGAGUGACUUUGAAUACACUCUGGGGUCACCCAAAGCCAUUCACAUCAAAUCUGGGGACUCUCCCAUGGCCUACCUCAACAAAGGACAGUUCUACCCCAUCACGCUGCGGACAGCUGGAGACAGCAAAUGUUUACACUUGUCCUCAAAUAAAGUGAAGAGUGUUGUGAUGAUUGUUUUUGACAACGAAAAGAUCCCGACGGAGCAGCUCAAGUUCUGGAAGCACUGGCAUUCCCGCCAGCCCACGGCCAAGCAGAGGGUCAUUGACGUUGCUGACUGUAAAGAAAACUUCAACACAGUGCAGAACAUCGAGGAGUUAGCCUACAAUGCACUGUCCUUCGUGUGGAACAUCCACGAGGAAGCAAAGGUUUUUAUUGGGGUGAAUUGCCUGAGCACUGACUUCUCCUCCCAGAAAGGAGUGAAAGGUGUCCCGCUCAACCUCCAGAUAGACACUUACGACUACGGCAAUGGAACCAGCCAGCUGGUGCACCGCGCCGUCUGCCAGAUCAAGAUAUUCUGCGAUAAGGGAGCAGAGAGGAAAAUGCGAGAUGAUGAAAGGAAACAGUUCAGAAGGAAAGGAAAAUGCCUGGACUCCAAUAACAAUGGUCUGAAAGGCUGUUUGCUCUCUGGCUUCAGAGGGAAUGAAAUCACGUUCCUGAGGCCAGAGACUGACCUCGAAACCCAGCCAGUCCUGUUUAUCCCCAACGUCCAUUUUUCAAACCUGCAGAGGUGUGGCACGGUGCUCCCUCCUGCUGUUCCCAACUCUGCAAACAGGCUGCCCUUGAAACGGAGUGGUGCCUCGUUCACAGAUGAGUUUGACCCGAUACCUCCAAAGCAAACCAAGGAAGAAGAUCCUCAGAGAGUCUUGCUGUAUGUGCGGAGGGAGUCAGAGGAAGUGUUUGACGCUCUCAUGUUGAAGACACCAGAUCUCCAGGGCCUCAGAACAGCUAUUUCGGAAAAAUAUGGGCUUCCUGAAGAAAGCAUUUAUAAAGUCUACAAAAAAUGCAAAAGAGGGAUCCUGGUGAACAUGGACAACAACAUCAUCCAGCACUACAGCAACCACAUGGCCUUUCUCCUGGACAUGGUGGAAGCAGAGGACAAGUUCCAGAUCAUCCUCAAGGAGCUAUAA